AUGCCUCCAAGUGGGAAUCUGGUCCCCAUGGGCAUCGCACUGCUGCUGCCUGCCCUGGUGGCUGGGCUGAGCCUGCAGCCAGCCGGGACGCGGCACCCCGGGGUCUGCCCCAACCAGCUCAACCCCAACCUGUGGGUGGAUGCACAGAGCACGUGCGAGCGCGAGUGCCAGGAUGACGAGGACUGCAAAGGCUUCGAGAAGUGCUGCACCAAUGUGUGCGGGCUGCAGAGCUGCGUGGCCGCCCGCUUUGCUGACGGCAGCGCGCCCGCGCCGGCGCCCACAGCCUCGUGCGAGAGCUUCGUGUGCGCACAGCAGGGCUCUGACUGCGACAUCUGGGACGGGCAGCCCGUGUGCAAGUGCAAGGACCGCUGCGAGAAGGAGCCCAACUUCACCUGCGCCUCCGACGGCCUCACCUACUACAACAAGUGCUACAUGGACGCCGAGGCGUGCCUGCGCGGCACCCGCCUCACCACUGUGCCUUGCAAGCACAUCUUCACCUGGCCCGACACCAGCCCCAUGCCGCAGGAGACCACAGCUCGCCCCACGCCGGGUGCCGGCCCCGAGGUGCCGGUGCCCCCCGCGCUCUACAGCAACCCCUUCCACCAGUCGGUGCGUGCCGGCGGCACUGUCAGCUUCCGCUGCGAUGUGAGCGGGCGCCCGCGUCCCGACAUCACCUGGGAGAAGCAGAGCGAGCGGGAGGAGAACUUCAUCAUGCGGCCGGACCAGAUGUACGGCAAUGUGGUGGUCACCAACAUCGGCCAGCUCGUCAUCUACAACGCCCGCCACGAGGAUGCUGGCAUCUACACGUGCACGGCCCGCAACGCUGCUGGGCUGCUCCGUGCCGACUUCCCGCUGUCGGUGCUGAAGCGGGAGCUGGGGGGCGUGGCGCGGGCCAGCAGCCCCCAGCCCUUCCCCAGCGCUGAGUGCCUGAAGGAGCCGGACCGGCGGCGUUGCGAGGCGCUGGAGGUGCACUGGCAUUUUGACGCCAAGCAGGGCUCCUGCCUCACCUUCCGCUACGGCGGCUGUGGUGCCAACAGGAACCAUUUCGAGACGUACGAGGAGUGCCGGGCCGCCUGCCUGGGCAGCGCCCGCCCCACCUGCCUGCUGCCCGUGGUGCAGGGCCCCUGCCAGCACUGGGAGCCACGCUGGGCAUACAACCCCCUGCUGAAGCAGUGCCACUCCUUCGUGUAUGGUGGCUGCGAGGGCAACACCAACAACUUCGAGAGCAAGGAGAGCUGCGAGGACGUCUGCCCCUUCCCCAAGAGCCUGCAGUGCAAGGCUUGCCGCCUGAAGAGCAAGAUGGUGCUGAGCCUCUGCCGCAGCGACUUCGCCAUUGUGGGACGCCUGAUGGAGAUCGUGGAGGACCAGGACUCCGGCAUUGCACGUUUCGCCCUCGAGGAUGUCCUCAAGGAUGAGAAGAUGGGCCUCAAGUUCUUCAACAUCAAGUACCUGGAGGUGACCUUGACCGACAUGGACUGGAGCUGCCCCUGCCCCAACAUGACAGCGGAGGACGGGCCGCUCAUCAUCAUGGGCGAGGUGCAUGAUGGCAUGGCCACGCUGGACCCCAGCAGCUACGUGCGGGCGGCCAACGACAAGCGGGUGAAGAAGAUCUACGAGCUGAUGGAGAAGAAAACCUGCGACGUCCUGAACCGCUUCCAGGACUAGGGCAGAGCCGGGACGUGCCGAUAUGGGGGGCUGCAGACCCACUGUGGAGGGGGAGCCCCACACCAGUGCUUGUGUCCUGGGGUUACCACCAUUGUGUAGCUCCCCCCAACGCUGUGCUGAGCCCCAGCUCCCACCUCCCCUGUAAUUUAUCUGCCACAUGCCCCCCGUGUACCUCCCAGCCUGACUAGCAGCAAUAAAGGAGUGGGUUGG